GUCCAUGUCUCCACGAAGACAGAAUUUGGAGCGGGAUUUAGGCUCUACGAGGUGUUCUCUAUAUCAGAGGGAGCGUUCCAACAGGAUUAAUGAACAUAACGCACGAGUAGGCAAAGAUGCCUUGAGAGAACUUCGGAAGCGUCAGAAAUCCCGACAACAUAAGCGCCUAAGCCACGAGGCACUGAAAAAGGUCCCUUCUCGUCCCUUUGCAGGCACCUGCCACCACCAUGAAUAGCACCGAACAGCCUUCCAUAACCAUUGCCGACCCACCCUUCAACGAUGCCUCUGAUCUCGCAGAUCUGGUAAUCCGGACAUCAGAUAACGUCGACUUCUUUGUCCAUAGAGCCUUUCUGUCGCUCAGAUCCCCUUCAUCUUUCUUCCGACAUGCGCUGGACGGGAGCCACCAUACAGAAGAAAAAGAUGGUUUUCCCGUGUUCGAGGUGAUCGAGGACAGCGCCACGUUCAAAUUCACCCUGCUCCUCUGCUAUCCAUACGACACUCCCGAACUUACGGGCAUCGAACAGUUUUCAUCGGUAGGGAUGGCGCUUGACAAGUACUGUAUGGACCACGCCUUUGAGCGUUUCGUCCAGACCGUAAUCUCGUCUCUCCCAACAAGGAGCGACCGCUCCGGGUCUUUGCUUUGUCACGGAUGGAAGGGGCUGAGAGAAACCGCAGACAGGAAUAAUUGGACGCCAAAGAACUGGACGGCAUCGGUGCCCUCCAUCUUCAACGUCUCCUCAAUUACCACAAGCGAUGUAGGGAACAACCCAAAUCUAGUGGAUAUCGUGGAGUGCGCGUAGAGAACAGACAAUUAUUUUCGUAUUGUCGGUUGCUUGAUUUGUCGGUGAAUGAGAAGAUGCUGGUAGACCCUCCCCCCACCGCAGGCAAUGUUCGAUGAUUGUUAUUCGUGGAACCAUCCUCGCAAGCACCAGGCAAUUCUGCAUAGAUACGUGGAUCAAGAUUGCCUUUAGCCAGAUCCACGGGCUCGUACAGUUACUGGUGGCUGAAAUCCGUAUUUCAGAGAGGAUUUCCGUUCGCUGGUAGAAAUCGAGUGGCGAAAAUGAUGUGGGACCUCGUCAAGCAAUCGAUGUCAAGAGAUUGUCAGGAUGUCCUAGGUUAGACUUGUCAGGAGCGCAGUGGUAAAGUAUA